AUGGGUGUGAAACAAGAUGGUGAUGGCACUAUUCUACCUCCAACCGAACUGGAGAAGAUACCUGAUGGGCUUGAUGUGAUUGUGAAGAAGUUUCUUAGAGGAAGCGAAACUAAUUUGGAGGGUCAACUUGCUAUUAGAGAAGAAUUAUAUGGAAAAUCCGCACAAGCUGCUGCUAAGGCUGAGAAGUGGCUUCUGCCAAGUAAGGGAGGUUAUUUGGAGGCUGAAGGCAUGGAGAAGACGUGGAGGAUCAAACAAGAAUCAAUUGCUCUGAAAUCUCGGUCCAUGCACGUUGGAUUUCACAUCAAGUGGUCGCCAUAUGGCAGUCUGCGGACUCAAGGGCCUAUGGCUAUUGUUAGGGAAACAGUAUGUGAUGUGGUGUUCCUACACAAUGAGUCGUUCUUUGCUGCAGCCCAGAAAAAUAUGGCUAACAUUCUCAUUCCUGGCAGUUAUCCAUAUACUUAUAACCCGGAUGGCACUGAACUUCAUUGCUUAAAGGAACAUGGUGCAGUUUUAAGGCUUCAAUUUCUGAAAACCACUUCCUCUUUGGCUUCAAUAAACAAUUUUGGGCAGCUUCAUUAUCAAGAUGUAACAAUGGGUGAGAUGGUAGGUAGUUACAGAACUGGCUUAGGCCGUGCUGAUGUGAUGCAGGUGGACCCCUACGAUAGGGUUGUUGCUUUGGGUCAUUCACUUGGUACAGUUUCCAUGUGGAAGCCUACAAGCUCUGCUCCUCUUCUGAAAAGGCCGUGUCACAGGAGCCCCAUCUCGGCAAUGACAUUCCACCCGAAUGGCCAUCUCAUGGCCACAGCUGGAAAAGAGAAUAAAAUUAAGCUUUGGGACUUGAGGAAACUUGAGGAUGAGGCACUCCAAACUUUACCGGGGCAGGCAAAGACUUUGGAAUUCAGUCAGAAGGGUCUUCUAGCUUGUCUGGGCUGUGGAUCAUCUGUACAAAUCCUGAGAGAUUUGCACGGGACUCAGAACUACAAGACAUAUAUGAACCAUCGAAUGGUCAAAGGUUACCAAAUAGAAAAUUUUUUUCGGCCGUAUGAAGAUGUUGUAGACAUAGGGCACUCCAUGGGUUGGUCCAGUAUUCUGAUUCCUGGUUGUGGGGAACCAAACUUUGAUUCCUGGGUGGCAAAUCCAUAUGAACCAUCGAAUGGUUAA